AUGAAGAAAUCCAAGAUGGCGGACUUCGAGGUAGCACUGACAACAGAAUCAUCUGGAGAUAACUUCUGUGUAUCCUUAUGGGAUUUAAACUCAGGUAUGCAACUGAAAGCUUACAAAGGAGGAAGUUGCCCAGCGAGAUGCGUUUCACUUCUCGGUAAAGAUUAUAUCAUGGCAUCACAGUCAAAUAAACCUAUAAUCCACACGUGGAACAUAGCUAAGGUUGGUGUCUUUGUUGCUAAAUUUAAGGAAAAAAAAUGAGGUGUUUUAAAAAUUUCCAGAAGAUUGUGGUUGCAUUUUUACCAUACGUGAAAGGAUUCAUUGCCUUGUUGUUUUUAUAUUACAGGCAUAGAUAAUUUGAUCUUUUUUGUGUAUAAUUCAAAUGUAACUGGUGCUUUUCAAAUAAGGAUCCAGUGAUUUGUGAAUUCAAAAUGAAUGUUAGCUAUCACGGACUUAACCCUCUACACCCCAACACCAGCAUGCAUAUUCUCAUUACUGUUCUCUGUACAUUUCCAAAGGUGCUAACAAGGAGAAUUUGUUUAACAAUCAAUAGCUGCUAUUGUUGGUGAUCAUUUCCCAUAUUCUCAUGAUCUUAAUGUGUGAUUUAGGGGUGGUUUUGUAAUGAGAAGUGAGAUGCUGAUCACUGUUAGGGGUUUAAGGGUUAAGGCAUUUUAGAGCUAGAUUUAAACUUACCUGGUUUCUGGUUUGGUUUCUGAGAUUUUGUUUGACUAUUCCUUCCUGAUCUCAGUUUAUUGCAGCUGAGAACCCAGUAAUGAGUUGAAAAUUUUACUUGAAGUGCCCCCCCCCCCAUACUCCUAUACACUCCUUUUUUAUUUCCUUUCAUAUUAGGAGUCAGUUCUCACAAAAUUAAUCUGCCCUGGUAAAGUGACAGCCAUAACAUGCUCUCCUGAUGGUAGCUACUGUGUGGUGGCUUGUGGUGAGAAAAUUUAUAUUUGGCAGGUAUGUUUGAGUCAUUCAGUGUGAAAAAGAAAUUUAAAAAAAAAGUAACAAAAAAAAAGAACUUAAUUCAUGACUAGUUCAUUAACAGUGUUCUUAAGCUACAAUUAUAAUUAUUGGAUUAAAGAUGUAUACACUAUUGUAUUAUCAACAUACAGUUAAAAGCAUUUUAGAAAACAGGUUAGUCUUUAGAAUCUCAAAACAUGAUAAAAAAGUCUGUACUCAAGCCUAGUGACUUAUAAAGCCAUGGCUCAUCCAUAGCAUGAAGUGAUCAGAAGUUUCACCACUCCUCCCUGGAUGGGGUGCCAGUCCAUCACAAGGUUACCCCCACUAUUUAAGCUGGCUUCCCUGACAAUUUUUCAGUACAUGUUUUACUCCUAGGUGGAGAGAUGCUCUUUGAGAGUAAAGUGUUUUCCAUAGUACAAGAUACAAUGAUGUAGCCAGGUCUCAAACUGACCAAGUCUUGGAGUUCAGCCCACUUACCAUUUGGCUACUGUGUCCCUGAGAUUAUCAUGAAAGGUUUUAUUCAGUUCUUUUCUUUCAAAGGUUGCAAGUGGCAAUUUACUUGGGUUACUUUCAAGACACUUCCAGCGAGUCUCAUGUCUGAAAUUCACAGAUGAUGGAUCUCAUUUCUUAUCAUCUGGUGAUGAUAAUUUAGUGAUGGUGUGGAAAAUGGCAAAGUAAGCUCUUGGAAACUUUUGUUCUCAAAUAUAGAGUCUCUAGAACUUCUUCCUACAGAACCUUAACCAUUUCACUUGCAAGAUGUUUUUGGAAAUCUGCUACACUGUCUUCAAUACAUUGCUUAUAAUUUCAGUUCAGAUAAUUUUGUAUAACUUAAUGUACCAGUAGUUGCUUAAGCCCCACAUACAUGUACCUUGACAGACGUCUUCAAUUUCAGAUAUCUUUAAUUUCAAAUAUUUCAAUAGUAAAUUCCCCACAGAAAAAAAAAAGUUCUUUUGCUGCUUGAAAAAGAUCUUUAAUGGCAGCGUGCAAGACGCAUUUUUCAGGAGGGUUGGGGAAAAAGGCUGAAAAAUGCAAUUUUGAAGAAUAUGACACAGGCAUCUUCACAUUUAAAAAUGAAAUAUUAUUAAUACUUUUACAUUUUGUUGAAUUUUUAUGAUCUUUUUCAGGAUUUUGUCUGGUUCAUCAAACAGUAUAGGAACUUCAGAUGAAAUACGAACUCCAAGGUACACAUGGUCUGAUCAUGCCCUUCCUGUCACUGAUAUCCAUUGUGGAUGUGGGGGCAUGAGAGGUCAUGUGAUCACUGCAUCCCUUGAUCAAACUUGUAAGGUAAGUGAUAGCAAUGGUAUUAUCAGCCUUGGUUGAAUGUAUGUCACUGGUGUAUUGGUUUAUGACUAAAAUUUAAAUUUUUAACUGAGAUUGAUGAGUGACGGAUAUAAGUGGUGUGAUCUAAAUAACUGCAAUUUGCCACAAAAAAAAGGAAAAAUGUUUGGAUAAGAGACUAGCUACAUGGUGCAUUUACUUGAGCUUGUCACAGUUUCUUUGCAACGAGUGUUGAAGCUAGCCGUUAAGACUAGCAAAAAAAACCUGCAGGCAUUAAGGCUGUGCAGUGUCAUGAGAAAAAUGGAAAUGAUAGAAAACUUAAAAAAUUCUGGAUCAUUAAACAAAUUCUCCUUGUCAAUAUCACAGGAAAUUUUUAGAGAACUGUAUGGAGAAUAUGCAUACUGACAUUAGGGUUUAAAGCCUUAAACCCAGACCUCCUUAUCCAGAGCCCAUCUUCCAUGACUAUUGGCCAUGAAGUCUUCCACACUUGUCCCAUUUUUUUUUUUUUUUUUUUUUCAUAGUUGUACAGCCUGAGUUCUGGUGAACUUUUAUGUUCAUUUGUGUUUGAUGUUGGAGUAGCAGCUGUGACAAUGGAUGCUGCGGAACAGAACUGCUUUGCAGGAGGAACAGAUGGCAACAUCUACCAAGUAGAGCUUUUUAGAAGGGUAAGCAUCAAGUAAUUUUUCAGAGUAGCCUUACUUUCCUUUUUAUAAACUAAAAACUGCAAGUCAUGCAUUGAACAACCUUCAUGAUUUUGCUGAUGCUGAAACAGAAUGGUCCGACAGCUGAGGGUUUCCUGGCCCCUAUCAGCUUCUAAUUACAACAUCAAGAUUAUGGGCUGAUUUCAUCUUUCAUUCCAUUUGUUCAGUACCACCUUAUAUUUUUCCAUCUUGAAACACAGGGGAUGAAGAAUAACAUUCACUUGGAGAAAGAAGAAGCCCUCAUCUUCAAUGGUCAUAGGUAAUAUUCUCAAGCAUCUGAUGAUCCAAUAACUAUUUUAACCUGUGUACUCCCAAGAUCUCAUGAGUAAUUCUCCUUACCAUCUGCCAUACAAUUCUUAAGAUGGUAGUCCAGAGAUUUUGGUAUUGCAUCAACUGAUCAUCCCCUAAUUGAUAUUUUUCUUUAUCCUCAUCACUUUUCUGCUUGAUAUUGCAUUAAUAUUGUAAGGAGAAAUUCUGUCUUGGUCACUCAUCGGUUUUAAAGGGUUAAUAUUUUCUAGGUUCUCAGAACUUGAAUGGACGAUUUUAGCCAAACUUGACCUUUACUCUCUUAAUCUCAAGCCCAAUAUGCGGGAAGGUGGACCAACUGAGCUAUGAAUCAAUACGUUGGAGAGCAAGGCAAUUUUUAGAUGGCUCAUCUUUCUUGUAAAGGAAUAUUUUUUUUGUCUUGUUUGAUGGUAACCAAAAAUAAUAAUUUUAGUGACUGUUGUUCAGAAAAGUGUUUUUUGUCUUGUUACAAGCAUAGGUCAAAGAAAAGUGAUAUGAGUUUCCAUUAGGAGAGGAACCACAAAUGUUCAGAUUUUUCACUCUUUUUCUCUACCACUGAGCCACAGAGACUCUACAGUGACCCUGGCUGUUCCCAAACCAGGUUCAUAUGUGACACACCUCCUGCACAGUGUUAGGUUCAAAAUGUUGAAAACUUUGUGUGAGUGACUAUUCAAUUUAUCUCUAUUCAGUAAACAAGUCAACAGUUUAGCAGUUUCUAUGGAUGGAACUCUGUUAUUGUCUGGCUCUCAAGACCAGACUGCUCGUGUUUGGCAUGUUCCUAGUAGGCAGUGUCUCAGAGUUGUCAACCACAAAGGUAAGCUUGACCAUUUCACUCUCAGAAGUGAUUAACGUGUAGCUUCUCCCUAUAAUAUCUAUUCAUUAUCCAGCAAACAGGUAAUGAGAAUACUCAUACUCAUCAGCUAGAAGUUGUUAUCUUGAUCUGACACCAAAUUCUCGUGGGUGAUUUACAAGAAAAUGUGUAGCAGCUAGAGGGGAGAAUUAACAAUCAGAUCUUGGGAGUUAAAGGGUUAAAUUUUUCACGUUGAUAUACUUGAUUCUUUGUGAACAGGUGCAGUGACCAACUCUCAGAUAAUUCCAAAACCUUUACACCUGGAAAACCCAUCUCCAAAAUCAUCCCUUGCUCCGAUCCAGCCUCUAAAACGGCACGUGCAUGUACCGAAUCGAUCACGUGAAAAACACGUGGCCGGUCCCGCGGGAACAAGUAAUGGCGAUUCCAACUCUGACGCUAUUCUUAUGACGCUGAAGGGAAAAAUAAGCGAGGUAUGGACUUGAGACCUGGAUUGUAAAUUAUACCCAGUGAUUUAGAUGCAUUUCUUUACGUUAGCUAUGAGACUUUGAACUUAAUAUUUUUAUUUUGAUUUUCAAACAGGAAAGUAGUUCGGAAAUAAGGAAAAGAUUUGGGGACAGUGUUGCGCUACCUCUGCUUGCCGAGGUACGACAUUUCCUACUUCACCUUCUUCUCCUGUUACAUUCAUAACAGACACUCAAUCGAUAAUUGCUCGAAUAAAUCCGAAGAUGACGCUAAUUGCAGUUUUUCUACUCCUGCAGGUCGCAGAGUUUGAAGGGCAGGGAACUGCAACAACAGGAAAGAGACAACUGUCGCGACGGGAACUUGAAGAGGAAUUAGAAAACGUUAAACGGGUGAACAAACAUUUUUACAAUUUUGCCGUGAGAGAAUUGAUGGAUGAAGUGUACCAAGCAACCGGAAAAGGGACAACGUGAAGGAACGAACGCUUGUUGAGGUUUCCAAGAUGGAAUUUGUGCUUCCUGUUUCCCAAGGAAAGCCAUACUAUUGAGAUUGGAUCGGCAAGUUCUCAAUCCUUGUUUCCAGAGGCUGAACCGGUCAAAACAAGAACGAAUUUCGCUAACGUAAAAGGUUUAUCUUCCCUGUAACUUGCUGAAAGACAUCACCUCACGGCGAUGACAUUACGUUCGUCUGUAAAACCACUGAAGUACUACGCUCGUUGUAAAUAUGGUUUGCGGUUAAAUUUUACUUUGUAAGAAAUAACAACCAAGAAAACCGCUUAGAACGCAUGAAAACACGGGCGACCAAUUCGUGCUUGGUGUUAGUUUUGCAUCGGAUUGGUUCAGAAAGUGGUGCGAGUUUUCUGAAACAAUCACAUAGCGAAAAAAAUCCCCAGAUUGCUUUCGUCAAUUUUAAUUCAAUCGAGUUUAAUUAAUUCAAAAUUAAAAUUUACCCCAACUGACUUGCCCUCUCGAUUAAUAAAUAAUAUUUAGAUGGCUUCAGAAAUAAUGGACAUUUCCCCUCAUUACGGUGUAUGUUUUUAGGCACUCGAUUAUAUUUAUUGGAACAGGUUAGAAUUGUCAGAAUCUUGGUUACAUUUCACUUAAUUUAAGUAAGAUGAACACUGUAACUUCAUAAAGGUGACUGAGUGCGCGUUACAUAUGUACUCUCAUGCUUAGCUGUGAUUGGCUAGAAUUCCACAGCAGUGAUUGGUACAUCUCCGAAUUAGGUUCCCUUUACGCACGGCUCUCUUGUUGUUGUGCUACUUGAUCGUCGACAACCGAGCAUGUAGGAUUUCUAUUCCGCUGUCCCUGUUGAUGGUGUUCGGGUGAGGUAAUAUGUAGAUCGCCGCAUUUACCCUACGUGUGUAGAAAUGUGGAUCACGUAAUGCAGACCGUCAUUUUAGCCAAUUUUCCGAAAAGAUGUUAGAUAAGAAUCACAAUGGUCCUGCAAAACGGUGACAGGUUAUGUGUUCAAAGGGUUGAUGAAAAUUCAAGAAAAUCACAUAGAUUGAAUUUUUUUUGGUGAAAUCGUUGAC